CACCACGCACGUAGCGCUCGCACCCCAACAACACCAACAGCACAAGCAGAGGACACUGACAGCAGGCCCAGAAAGCGGAUUUGCGGAUUGAAAAGUGCGAUUUGGGCGGAACGAGUCCAGUUUGGCGAAAGGAAGCGACGUUCUCGGGUUUCAGGACAGAGCGAGAGUCGGCCGAGAUGGGUGGCAAGUACUCGUCCCUCAAUCCCAUGGAGGUCGACGUGCCUGACAUCAAGCAACUGCUCGACAGGGACGGCUACCUCAAGCCCUACGAGGCCGAAAUAAGACGCAGGUAUGCCGUCUUCAAGGACUACGUGGACAAGGUGUCCGAGCAGGAGGGCGGCAUCGCCAAGUUCACGCAGGGUUACGAGUACUUCGGCAUGCAUUUCAACCCUGACAACUCGGUCACCUGCCGCGAGUGGGCUCCUGGAGCUGUCAACCUCUACCUGGCGGGAGACUUCAACAACUGGAACCGGACGAGCCACCAGUUCCACAAGCUGCCCUUCGGCAAGUAUGAAAUUAUCAUUCCGCCCAACGAGGACGGAAGCUGCGCUUUGAAGCACCUGUCUGAAGUCAAGGUCAUUGUGCAAAAGCCAAACGGAGAGUUGCUCGACCGACUGUCUCCAUGGGCUGUGUACGUGACUCAACCGCCCAAACACGAAUCUCUUACGUACAAACAGAGAGUCUGGCAUCCCCCUGCUGAACAGAAGUACAGUUUCCGGCAUCCAAAGCCAAAGAGGCCGGAGAGCAUGAGAAUUUACGAGUGCCACGUAGGAAUCGCAACUCAGGAACACAAAGUCGGCACCUACAACGAGUUUGCUCAAAAUAUCAUUCCAAGAAUAAAAAAACAAGGCUACAACACAAUCCAGCUCAUGGCAAUCAUGGAACACGCUUACUACGCUAGUUUUGGUUACCAAGUCACCAGCUUCUACGCCGCCUCAAGCCGGUAUGGCACACCGGAGGAGCUAAAGUUCCUGAUUGACACCGCGCACGAGCACGGUAUUUACGUGCUGCUUGACGUCGUCCACUCGCACGCGUCUAAAAACACUUUGGACGGUCUGAACAACUUUGACGGCACCAACAGCUGCUUCUUCCACGAGGGACCAAGAGGAGAACACACCCUCUGGGACAGCAGACUCUUCAACUAUUCAGAAUACGAAGUUCUGCGAUUUUUGCUUUCAAACCUUCGCUGGUACACAGACGAGUACGGCUUUGACGGAUUCCGGUUCGACGGAGUGACUUCAAUGCUGUACCACAGCCACGGGAUGGGCGAAGGCUUCAGCGGCAACUAUGACGAGUACUUCGGCUUGAACACUGACACGGAAGCCGUCGUCUACCUGAUGCUUGCCAACUACAUGCUGCACGACCUCUACCCUGAAAUCACCACAAUCGCAGAGGACGUGUCUGGAAUGCCAGCUAUGUGCAGGCCUGUGUCAGAGGGAGGAAUCGGCUUCGACUACCGCCUCGCCAUGGCCAUCCCUGACAAAUGGAUCAAACUGCUUAAGGAGGUCAGCGACGAACACUGGGAGGUGGGCCAUAUUGUCCACACCCUCUCGAACCGCAGGUGGAUGGAGAAGACGGUGGCCUACGCUGAAUCUCACGAUCAGGCGCUGGUCGGAGACAAAACGAUCGCGUUCUGGCUGAUGGACAAAGAGAUGUACACACAUAUGUCCGUUCUGUCCGAGGGCAGUCCCAUCAUCGACCGCGGCCUCGCUCUGCACAAAAUGAUCAGAUUGAUUACGCACGCACUCGGUGGAGAGGCCUACCUCAAUUUCAUGGGCAACGAGUUUGGUCAUCCGGAAUGGCUCGACUUUCCUCGGGAGGGCAACAAUGACUCUUUCCACUACGCCAGGCGCCAGUGGAAUUUGGUAGAUGACGCCAAUCUCAAGUACAAAUACCUCAACUUCUUCGAUGAGGAUAUGAACAAAACCGAAGAGCAUUUCGGAUGGCUCCACAAGGACCCGGGCUACGUGAGCUGGAAGCACGAGGCCGACAAGGUGAUCGCCUUCGAGCGGGCUGAGCUACUGUUCGUGUUCAACUUCCACCCGGAGAAGAGCUUCACCAACUACCGGCUCGGCGUUGACCUGCCGGGCGAAUACCGCGUCGUCCUCUGCUCGGACGACGAGCGCUACGGAGGUUUCAAGAGGGUGGACACCACCAUCUUGCACUCUACCUUCAACGAAGGACACGCUAACCGGAGAUACUCUCUACAGGCGUACUUGCCGAGUCGCACGGCCAUUGUCUUCGCCAGGAGGUAGACUAACGAGAGAAGCUUACCAUUAGCUCUAGUGGUGGCCACUUUAAAAGCAUAUAGUAUUUAGGUGUUGGAACAGCUUGUUCAGUUAAUGUAUCAUAAAUUAUGUGCCAGCUUUAUAUAAAAGCAGUCGUUUGUCUCUGUGACAGUCGUUAGACGUGCCAUAUUUUUUUAAAAUUUUGGUUUUGCAACCACCUGCAAAUUUUAUACACCGUUAUUUUUUAAAUACCAAAGUUUAGAAAACUGUAUACACCUCCCAUGUGAUUUGAGAACUGAAUUAUCUGCGUCAUUGAACUAAUAAAAGGUGUUCAGAGAGGAA